AUGUCCUCCACCGCAGUUCCCAAGCGUGUUGCGCUCAACCGCAACCUCCCAACAGAUGUCUCCGCUGUGAGCUCUGUCUCGGCGUCGCCUUUCGAUAGCCCGCGCCAAUCCCCCUCCUCGACAUCUUUGUCCUCCAUGGCCUCCGAGCAGGAAGCCUCUAAGAUGCUGGAUACCUACGGCAAUGAGUUCAAGAUCCCCGACUACACCAUCAAGCAGAUUCGUGACGCUAUCCCCGCUCACUGCUUCCACCGCUCCGCGGCUACCAGUCUUUACUACGUCUUCCGGGAUAUGGCCAUUCUUGCCUCGGUCUUCUAUCUCUUCCACAACUAUGUUACCCCCCAGACUGUGCCCUUCUUGCCCGCUCGCGUUGCCCUCUGGACUGUGUACACCAUUGUGCAGGGUCUCGUCGGUACCGGUGUCUGGGUCCUGGCCCACGAGUGUGGUCACCAGGCCUUCUCCCCCUCCAAGACUCUGAACGACACCGUUGGCUGGAUCUGCCACUCUCUUCUGCUGGUCCCUUACUUCUCCUGGAAGAUCUCCCACGGCAAGCACCACAAGGCCACCGGUAAUAUCGCCCGUGACAUGGUGUUUGUCCCCAAGACCCGUGAGCAGUACGCUUCCCGCGUGGGCAAGACCCUGCACGAGCUCGGCGAGCUGUUUGAGGAGACCCCCAUUCUCACUGCUGGUCACCUCGUGGCCCAGCAGCUUUUCGGCUGGCCCAUGUACCUCCUUAACAACGUCACCGGCCACAACAACCAUGCCAGCCAGCCCGAGGGUCGCGGCAAGGGCAAGGCCAACGGCUGGGGCGGUGGUGUCAACCACUUCAACCCCUCCAGCCCUCUGUACGAGGCCAAGGACGCCAAGUUGAUCGCUCUCUCCGACCUUGGUCUCCUCCUUACCGGUAGCGCUCUAUACUACAUUGGCUCCAACUUCGGCUGGGUCAACCUGCUGGUCUGGUACGGUCUCCCCUACCUGUGGUCGCCAUCACCUUCCUCCAGCACACUGAUCCCACUCUCCCCCCACUACGAGCCCGAGGUGUGGACCUUCGCCCGUGGUGCUGCCGCAACCAUUGACCGUGACUUCGGUUUCGUCGGCCGUCACAUCUUCCACGGCAUCAUCGAGACUCACGUCCUGCACCACUACGUCAGCAACAUCCCCUUCUACAACGCCGACGAGGCCUCCGACGCCAUCAAGGCCGUCAUGGGCGACCACUACCGCACUGAGGCCCACACCGGCUGGACUGGUUUCUUCAAGGCUAUGUGGACCUCCGCCCGUGUCUGCCAUUGGGUUGAGCCUACCGAGGGUGCUACUGGCGAGAGCUCGCACGUUCUCUUCUACCGCAACACUAACGGCGUUGGAGUUCCUCCUUCUAAGAUGGCCGGCAAGGCCCAAUAG